AAAAGUUUGGAUGGCCUUCACUGUCACUGUAUUCUUUCAGCAUUGAUGUUUGCAUUACUUGAAUGUUAGGAAAAGGAAAUUCAUGUCUUUAAAGUUCUGCUGUCAUAACUUUGGCAUGGACUCGAGCUUCAUGCAUGACACAGCUGCAUAUUUGCAUAACAGGUUGCAACAAUGUUGCAUGGAAUGUUACAGAGUAAAGGUGGAGUAACGUUUUAUUUGUCAGGUGGUGCAAAACAAAUUCCUGAACUGUGAGAAAAAGUUACUUACCUUGACUGGGUGACUUUUCCCACUUAUGUUACUUAAUGCGUGCUGGGUGAACUGAGGCUCUUCUCCGGGCAGCACUCGAGGAAAAGUGUAAUGGUGUUACUCUGAGUGUACAAGGUGGGAAACCUUGAAUAAUGUGGGAUGAGAGCGAGCCAGAAAGGCGAAUCCGAGUCAGCCAGUGGGUCACCAGGAGGUGAGGCUGCCUACUUCUCUGGGUUCAGGGAAAGUUCAGCCGCAUAGCAUUAGGCAAAUUAGGGAGACAGGGCUGGGGGAGAAAAAAAAUUUGGAGGGUAGGGACUGAUGAGAGCAUGGGGGAAAAGGGUCAAAUUAGUUGGAAGGAGGAGCCCAAGAGAGUGAGAACUUCCAGGAAAAAGAGGGAGAGAGAUACCGUCUGAUGCAGCACUCAUUAUGUCCAUGAACUCUGUGUAAAGAUAGGAAAGACUCAUUACUGAGCUUAUAUAACUUAAUCAUGUCCUCAAAUACAUUCCUAUUUAAAGUCCCCGCACCUAAAUUUGAGGGAGGGCGGCGGGCUCCUCUCCUCACACUCUCAUGCAGGGCCCGGGUGUAGACAGAGGGAGAUCCAUGGUGACGUCCCUCAAAGGGUUAAAACGUGGGAGGAGCGACCCGUGAAAAGAGACUGAGGGUAGGGAGAGAAAAAAAAGGAAAAAAAAAAGCCUAGUGGAGGUGGAGCCAAAUCCCUCAGCUGCUGUGCCUUGUCACAUUUUUGCAGAACAUGAUAUCCGCACGAUUUGGUGUGGGAAUGAUUUAGGCUUCUCUCCCCAAACACAAACAAGGCGGCGCUGCGUGUUUCGUGCGAACCUGGACAUCGGAGAGCAGCGUGUGUCCGAGGGAAGCCGCUGGUUGUUGCAGCGCACGGAGGGAGACCGGUACGUUUACGGGGCUGACAGGAGUCCACCCACGGCGGGCGCAAACGGGACAACCAACCGUAUCCCAAAAGGACAAACUGCAACUAGACGGAAUUUCCUCUUUAAUAUUUGCGCUUUCAUCCAGUUGAUAACAGUGUCGUGUUGUCGACUCGGACUUUGGAGAUUUGUGUCCUCUUUUCUGGGAUUUUAUGCUGGUUAUUUUCUCUUUGCGGUGUGGAUACAGCCUCAGAUGUUGCUCUGUGUUUGAGCAAGGCCGAAAGGACCGAUAUACAUCCUGCUGAAGUUAUUCGGGUCGAUUGAUUUUGUUGUGCAUAUUCCCUGUCGUGUUCUUGCGCUGGACACCAUGCAGACUGUUCUUUCGCGUUAUGUUUUCAAAUUGAGCGCAGCCGAUUAGGCUAUAGAGACACCGAUUCACUUCUCGGUUUGGUUUUCGAUCAGUACAGCGCUUAAAGAAGAUGCCAAAUGUUCAAAUGUCCCCGCUGUGUUUGGAUUUGUCACUUUUCUUUCGAUUUUAAUGCAGUUUUCCCCCUCCCGGUUUGGCCCCUUCAGUUUCUACCUCUGCUGGUGGCGAGCCGAAACCCACAAGGCUCGUGUGUUCCUGCGUGCGCGACAGUAGUUCGUUUUUUUGAUAAUAAUCCCCUGCUGUCGUCCUGCACCAUAUGAUGUAUGAGAGCGUGGACGUCGUGGGACUGAAUCCCAGCCCGAACCCCUUUUUAAUGAUGGAUUACUACAACCAGAGCAGAGGAUGCUUGAUCCCAGAGAAAGGACUGGUGCCCGGAGCACCCCAUCCGUACAGCACGUCCAUCAGAAACCAGCACUGGAACGGCUCAAAUCACUCGAUAGAAACCCAGAGUACCAGCUCAGAGGAGAUAGUGCCAAGCCCGCCCUCACCUCCCCCGCCGCCCCGCGUCUACAAGCCCUGCUUUGUGUGCCAGGACAAGUCCUCAGGGUACCACUAUGGUGUCAGCGCCUGUGAGGGCUGCAAGGGCUUCUUUCGGAGAAGCAUCCAGAAGAACAUGGUGUACACUUGUCACCGGGAGAAGAACUGCAUCAUCAACAAAGUCACCCGGAACCGCUGCCAGUACUGUCGGCUGCAGAAGUGCCUGGAAGUCGGGAUGUCCAAGGAGUCGGUGAGAAACGACCGGAACAAGAAGAAAAAGGAUGAGAAGAAGCAGGAGUGCACGGAGAGCUACGUGCUGAGUCCUGACACAGAGCAGAUGAUCGACAGGGUUCGCAAAGCACACCAGGAAACUUUCCCCUCUCUCUGCCAGCUGGGCAAAUACACUACGACUAACAGCUCAGAACGACGUGUAUCCUUGGAUGUAGACCUGUGGGACAAGUUCAGCGAACUCUCCACCAAGUGCAUCAUAAAAACGGUGGAGUUUGCUAAGCAACUGCCUGGUUUCACAACGCUUACCAUCGCAGAUCAGAUCACUCUGCUCAAAGCAGCCUGUCUGGACAUCCUGAUACUCCGGAUCUGUACGCGCUACACCCCAGAGCAAGACACCAUGACUUUCUCAGAUGGACUCACGCUAAACAGAACCCAGAUGCACAAUGCCGGGUUCGGUCCGCUCACCGACCUGGUUUUUGCCUUUGCCAACCAGCUCCUUCCCCUGGAGAUGGAUGAUGCAGAGACAGGGCUGCUCAGCGCCAUCUGUUUGCUUUGUGGAGAUCGUCAGGACUUGGAACAAGCAGAAAAAGUGGACAUCCUGCAGGAACCCCUCCUGGAGGCAUUAAAGAUAUACGUAAGGAGGAGGAGGCCCCACAAGCCACACAUGUUCCCCAAGAUGUUGAUGAAGAUCACUGAUCUGAGAAGCAUCAGUGCUAAAGGAGCUGAACGUGUCAUCACUCUGAAGAUGGAGAUUCCAGGCUCCAUGCCCCCUCUCAUCCAGGAGAUGCUGGAGAACUCAGAAGGUCUGGAAAGCGGAGCUGCAGGCGGCCGGCCCAGCGGUGCCCCCCCAGGCAGCUGCAGCCCCAGUCUGUCCCCUAGCUCUGCCCAAAGCAGUCCAGCCACACAAUCGCCGUAGUAGCGGCCCACCUUUUUAUUUUUCUUCACUAUGCUCUCUGUCACCUCCCUCGAUGUUCUUAAAAGGAGGGGCGAAGGAGGGGGGCCUUGACCCUGACUGCUGAACACGGGAAACCGGCAGAACCAACCCCCUCCUCUGUUACGACACAAAUCCCCACCUCCUGAUCUGCUUUCCUUCACUCUGGAGCACCGUCCUGAUGUGAGGGGAGGCACGGCCGGGGCGGGCCGGGGGAACUGGAUGCCUCUGAGAGACCACACCGUAAACACUGCUGAUAACUCAUCCUCCUUUUCCCUCCACUCUCCUCUCCAGUUUUCUCCAAAAGACUCAUGGAAACAAAUCGGGAUGCAGUGGAGACCAGUUUUAAAUGGAGCUGAGAGUGGCUGGGGCACCGUGGGACAAUACAGGAACAAGGACAAUGCAUACAGACUGACUUGACAAACACCAGUCACUUUUUUUGUUGUACUCUGAGGCAGACUCCAAGCUUGGGACUUGUCAAAAGACCCCCCUCCUCAAAGACUCUGGGUCUUUUCUCUUUUUCCAACUUCAAAAAAACAGAUUUCGUACAAAAGAUAUAUAAAUAUAUAGAGAAAAAGUUAAGGAACUAUUGUGAUUGACAUGCCAGAAUGGCAGGUUGAAAUGAGGACAUGUUUUCUGAGAUUAGAAAUUGUUGUACUUCUUCACUGUUUGACUCUUUUCAUACCCAUCGAGAGUAUUGAGAAAGACGUUUCGGUUUUAUCACAUUUGUACAUUAUUCUAAUUAACGAGAAGCAAAAGAUGUUGAAAUUUCUCUCCAGUCAACACAUGCAAACACACACAAUCAAACAUGUACACACACAUACACACACACACGAAUGUGCACAGAAAACAAGUCGCAAUGAAUAUCACCUACUAUUCCAGGUUGGAUUUGUUUUCCUUUUUUUCUUUUUUUUCUUUUUUUUUUGCUUCCAGGAGAAUGGAAAAAAAAUGAUUGUAUGAACAUGGUUGUAUGAUAUGGUCACAGGUCCUUUCAAGAAAUCAAAUUAAUGAAGAUUCAUUAUUAAGGUGUAUUUUAAGUAGCCUUUGAGUUUGUGUAUAUAAGCUGUAUUCAUUUCUUUAAAACUAUGAAGAGUUUUAGGCUUCACCUGAUUUUUUUUUUUUAAGAAUACCUUUUAUGUGUUUUGUUCAUAGGUUUGUGAUGCAAGAAAAGACAUUUUGAGCACAUUUUACUGAAGGAAGUUCUUUCAUGUUUUGUGUCCUACUAAAUACUGGACAGACCCUUAACCAAUCACUGGCUGUUCAGAAUGUGGCUUUCACAAACAAUUUUUCCUCUCCCUACACUUUUAAAACAUGGUUGUUUUUUGUUUUGUUUUGUUUUUUGUUUAGGUUUUUUUUUUGUUUUUGUUUUUGUAUUUUUUUUUUUUUUUGUAAUUUUUUUUUUUUUUUUACAUACAGUAGAUAACAAAGUAGCACUCCAGUCGGGGCAUAGCUUUUUGGCCAUGUAGCAGAAAGAGGUGGUGUUUUCUGAAAACGGUGAGCUGCACGCCACUUGUAGCCCACCAGGUUCAAAUGCGCUACAGCAGCUCAGCUUAAAAGAGAGUUAAAAUGUGAAGAAUGGUGUAUAUACACACUAUAUUAAACACAAAUGGUUCUGAGGAGUCUCUGAAUGGAUCAUUAAACUGUAGUGGAUGGGAAAAGACUAGAUUGCUCCGUCAGUGGUCAGGCAAGUGAAGGUCCCAAAUGUGAUGUUUGUCUACUAAGUCCUCACAGAUCUCCCCCUGGCAACCUGUGGUAGAAACAAAUAUGUGACUUCUUGCAACCAGAACAACCUUGUACCCUGCAACUCACUUUACGCCAAAACGCCUUCACAGCUGAAAUCGACGUCAUCUAGACCAUCAUUACUGUACACAUGCCAAUGUCUCAGGAAGGAAUCAUUUUGUGUGCUUGGCCUGUUCUUUGUAUAUGUUCUGUGCUGCACCUCCUAACCCUCCUGUCACAGAUGUACACGUACACACACUUCUGCUACUGAGCCCCUGAUUUUUUUCUCCACUCACUCAUUUUUGUUAGGCCUGGCAGACCAGGACUUAUGCAGAGAGAUGCCCACCCUGACCCCACAACGUUACGACAUAGGAUGCCAGUGUGGAGUCUCUCUGAGUCGUUCAUGUGUUCUUUUUAUUUGUACGGUCAAAGCUGCUUUCAUCAUUUAGGACUUCACCUAUCCAGAACAGCGCACAAUGUUUCCCUCCACAGCUAAUCUGGAAUAGGAACAGACACAGCGUCAGUUUGAGAAGUAUGGAAUAUGUUGCAAUUUUGUCAAGAUUAUCAAGCGACUUUGGAAAAAAACAAAAACAAAACAACAACAAAAAAAAAUCAAAAAUAAAACCGACAUUUAAUAAUUA